GAAUGCACUGGCCGUCUCUUCUUCUUCUUCUUCUUCUUCUUCUUCCUCCUCCUCCUCUUCUUCUUCUUCUCUGCUCUUCUCUCUCGGAUAUUUCCCACCCUGUGUCUGUCCGUAUCUCCUCCGCAUCUCUCGUGUCUCCCAUCACCUCGCUGUGCGUUUCUCCUUCUUGAGCAUGAGAGGAGUCGCUCUCUCCUCUGCCCUCCACCAGCAUGAGCCAAGCACAGGGAUCUCUCAGCACAACUUUCACACGGAUGCAUUAAAUCGUCGUCCUGGAGCGCCGUUCCUCAUCACAGGAGAGAAGCAGAUUUAGGUCUCCAUAGAAUGGAGCGAGAAUGAACAGAGAGCGGCUGAAGGAAAAGCAUGAACUGGAGGGUCAUUGAGGUCACUUGCUUCCUGUUUCUAUGGGACCGUCUGACAGUUGAGUCUUUGCGCCAGGAUCCCUCGGCCGCCGAGCAUCAUGUGCCCAAGCACUUCGACUGGCUCAUCUCCGACCGCGGCCCUUUCCACCACAGUAAGGCCUACCUCGCCUUCGUGGAAAGAUUCCGCCAAGGAUUUACGACCCGAUAUAAAAUUUAUAGGGAGUUUGCGCGUUGGAAGGUGAGGAAUACAGCCAUCGAGCGGCGGGAUUUGAUCCACAGUCCCGUGCCCCUCAUGCCCGAGUUCCAGAGGAGCAUGAGGCUUCUGGGACGGCGUCCAUCCACGCAGCACUUCAUUGACACCAUCAUCAAGAAAUAUGGUACUCACAUCCUCAUCUCGGCCACGCUUGGAGGUGAGGAGGCUCUCACCAUGUACAUGGCGAAGAACAAGCUUGACCGGAAGAUGGUGAAUGCUACGCAGGGGGUGGAGGCGCUGCACCAGCUCGCCUCGUCUUAUUUCAUCGACCGAGAUGGCACCAUGCGCAAACUCCAUGAGAUCCAGAUCUCCACCAAUGCCAUCAAGGUAACGGAGACGAGGACCGGCCCUCUUGGCUGCAGCACCUACGAUAACCUGGACUCAGUGAGCUCGGUGCUGCUACAGAGUCCAGAGAGCAAACUACACCUGCAAGGUCUCCAGGUGAUUCUCCCUGAGUACCUGCAGGAGAAGUUUGUGGAGUCUGCUCUAAGUUACAUCAUGUGCAACGGCGAGGGAGAGUACGUGUGUCGCAGCAACCAGUGUAUCUGCCAGUGUGCGGAAGAAUUCCCACAAUGCAACUGUCCCACCACUGACCUGCAGAUCAUGGAGAACACUCUCCGGGGAAUGACUGAGUCCUGGGCUGCUUCAUACAAGGACUUUGAGAACUCAGAUGAGUUCAAGUCGUUCCUGAAGCGUUUGCCCUCCACACACUUCCUGCCAGUGAGCAGUGUGCACCUGCUGUGGGGGAGCGACUGGGACCUGCAGGCUCGGUACCGGCUGCUCCAGAGCUCCCUCGAGGUCCUGAAGCUGAAGAUUCAGCGCACGGCGCGCAAACUGUUCAGCCUCAGCAUCCGCUGUCACCACAACCCCAACCAUCAGAUGCCUCGAGAGAGAUCUGUUCUGCAGUGGCUGAACCGGGUACAGUCCUUCCUCUACUGCAAUGAGAAUGGCUUCUGGGGCACCUUCCUGGAGAGCCAGCGUACAUGUGUGUGCCACACGGGCAUCACUCUGUGCCAGCGUCCAAUCCCAUGUGUGAUCGGUGGCAACAACAGCUGCGCCAUGUGCAGCCUGGCGAACAUAUCUCAGUGUGGCUCAUGCAACAAGGGCUACAAGCUGUACCGUGGCCGCUGUGAGCCGCAAAACGUGGACUCGGAGCGCAGCGAGCAGUUCCUCAGCUUCGAGACAGAUCUGGACUUUCAGGACCUGGAACUGAAGUACCUGUUGCAGAAGAUGGACUCGCGCUUGUACAUCCACACCACCUUCAUCAGCAACGAGGUGCGCCUGGAGACCUUCUUCGACCCACGCUGGCGCAAGCGCAUGUCCUUGACAUUGAAGAGCAACAAGAACCGCAUGGACUACCUGCACAUGAUGGUGGGUUUGUCCAUGAAGAUUUGCCAGAUGCGUAACAACAGCAUGGACCCCAUGUUCUUUGUUUAUGUCAACCCGUUCAGUGGAAGCCACUCGGAAGGAUGGAGCAUGCCAUUUGGCGAACAUGGAUACCCCCGCUGGGAAAAGGUACGACUCCAAAACACGCAAUGUUUCAACUGGACCCUGAUUCUGGGCAACCGCUGGAAGACCUUCUUUGAGACGGUCCACAUCUACCUGCGCAGUCGUGCCAAGGUGCCCACUGUCCUGCGUAAUGACACCAGUCAUGGACCCGUGGACCUUUCCGACCCAAACAAGCGUCAGAUCUACAUCAAGAUCUCUGACAUCCAGGUGUUCGGCUACAGUUUGCGCUUCAACUCCGACCUUCUCCGGAGUGCCGUCCAGCAGGUCAACCAGUCCUACACGCAAGGGACACAGUUUUACUCGUCCUCAUCCAUCAUGCUCCUGCUCCUGGAUAUCAGGGACAGGAUUAACCGCCUGGCCCCUCCAGCGGCGCCCGGGAAACCCCAGCUAGACCUGUUCUCCUGUAUGCUCAAGCACCGACUCAAGCUCAACAACAGUGAGAUGAUCCGUGUCAAUCAUGCAUUGGACAUGUACAAUACAGAGAUCUUGAAACAGUCGGACCAUCUGACUACCAAACUUUGUUGAAAAUUUAAUGCUAACGAACGAGAAAACUUUGUAGGGGAAAAAAGAGGAUUGGAUUCUUUCUUUUUAUUUCCCUUUUGGGACAUUUUGCUUUUUUGAUGUACUAUUAACAACUUUGUAAGUGUAAUUGUUAAAUAAGAAACUAAAAUACAGAGAUUAAGCCUUUUAGUUCACUACAGAAGAAAAAAAAAGAACAUGACUGUACCAUAUUUGUCCAAGCAUGUCUGUCACUUCCAAAUGGAGCAUUAAAAGAAAAGAAAAAAGUAUAUACAAAAAAAAAUAUAUAUAUAUAUAUUAAUAAAUUCAACAUCCGAUGACGAUGAUGAUGAUGAUGAGGCCUUGAUAUUACUCAGAGGGAACAAAGGUCCACCUGAAACUGCCAUUCUUUAUUGGGUAACAUUUUUAAUGAAUUAGCAAAGCAGACCAGAGAUACUUUUACUUUGAUGACAUAGAGAACAUUUCGAUAGUCUUAGGUCUGUCUGCUUUAAGGAAGACAGGAAAUAAUUAUCUGUAUAGCGUUCCUUUUCCUUCAUACUCUGCUUGAUCGUCCCUCUGAGUGUGCUUGGCAUGAAAGCAGUAAGGAAACAUUCUCCACUAAAACAGCUGUUUAUUGCUCCAGUUUUGUUGACGCCUAAUGGUAAUCACUGUUUGCUAGCUGCUUGUGUCAUUUGAGAAUGAGUGACCAAAGCCGAACCUGAAUCGUCUGGGUUUUUUUUAAUUUAUUUUGGUUUUGUUUAUUUUUUUGGCUGCUGAGGGAAGCGUUUGUGGGCUGAAGGUGAACAAUGAAUUCUAGCUUCACAAAAAAAAGUCCAGCUUGUAAUUGCUGAUACGUCAAGAUUGUUUUAAUUUUUUUUGUUUAAUUUUGAGUGCUGAGAUCAAAUGAUUUUUGAGUCCGUGACACUUGCAAGAGACGACAUAAAGCCAUAUUUCCCAGGGGAAUGAAAAAUAAAGAUAUAGGCUUGUACACAUUUAUUUUGAGAAUGAAUUCCUAUACAUGAGUUUGUAUUUUUUUUUUCCUCUGAAGAAUAGCAUAGUAGUCCGUAAGCGAGAUAUGACCAUGAUGGAUUGCUAUUGCAUUUUCCUGAAGCCAGAUGUAGAGUUUAUGUGAAACUUCAUGUUGAGUUGAGCCUCAUAAUUAACUGUAUAAUGCUUGUCGAAAAAUGUUCCCUUUUUGUACAUUCAUAAUCUGAUUCCUGUCAAACUGAUGACCAUGUUUAUUAUUAUUAUUAUUAUUAUUAUUAUUAUUAUUAUUAUUCAGUCUUAUUAAGUGCCUGCUACCUAUCCCUUUAACCAUUUUCAAAAAAGUUUCAUGGCAUCUUCACAUAAACUCCUCCUCCUCCUCCUCCUCCUCCUUUUCCCCGAUCUGAUGUUUCUCCAUCCGUCAGUAUUGAAAAGGGCAGACAGGAAGUGUUGUCCAUCUUUGCUGUAUUCUGCAUGUAUUUAAAUUAAGAGGCUUGAGUCGCCUUGUCCUUUGCUGAAGACCCUUAAGAUGUAUAUUAUCUGUGUAAAUAGCUACAUUGCCUUGAUAUAGCCAUGAAAUCAAAAGCUUUUCUUAGGUCACUGCGAGUUUUCCAGCCACGGCAAUUCGAGCACAAGAUAACAGAAGGAUUUGCGAGCCCCUGGGUUAAUUUAUUUUUUCUCGCGCAGGAAGAAGAAGAAGAAAAAUCACCAGCUGGUGCCGAACGCCACCCUAACAACCUCCCUUACCCAUGCAUACAAGCACAUACGCUGUCCUUUCUUACGCCUUUUACAGAACGACAUGUGUGAUACAGGCUGUGCCUUCUGGUGCACCUCGCCAUGGGUCUGAUAGGCAAACAGCUUUCACUACCUUGUCUAUGUAGUUUCUGCUGUUCUGUUGGGGGGAAAAAGAAAGUAAAAAAAAAAACAACCUAUAAUCAGCUUUCUUCAAAUGAAUGUUUCAUAUAAUCUAUUUCUCAUUAAAAAUGCUAUAUUUAAUAAGAA